AUGGCACCAAGAUCUGUGGACAAUAAUAAACAACAUGUGAGAAGGAGAACCCUACAUCCAAACUCGCUCUCACUAAACGCCUCUACACCAGCUGCUAGAGAAGCCAUGGAGGAGAUUUUUAAGUGUCCCGUCUGCCAAGAUUUGUUUACUGACCCGGUUUCUCUAGAUUGUGGGCAUAACUUCUGUCUUAGCUGUAUCAACACUGUUUGGGAGAAUGAAGGUUCAGAGGCAGGACCUUAUUUUUGUCCUGAAUGCCAGAUCCUACUUCCUUCAAAACCUAAUUUGGAAAUCAACGCCAAUCUUCGAGACAAAGUUAAGGAUUUCGCAAAUUCAAAUUCAGAGGAAAGAAGGACUGGUUCUCCAGCGAUUUACUGCGACCACUGUAUCGAGUCUCCAUCUGUGGCAGUCAGGACAUGUCUGACCUGUGAUGCAUCGCUUUGCCAGGCUCAUUCUCUCCUCCAUGAGCAGAGGUCAGCCUUAAAGCAGCACACGUUGGUGGAGGUGACCCGGGACCCCCUGUCUCUGAAAUGUCGGGAGCACAGGGACGAGCUGAAGUUAUUCUGUUCACAGGAUAGAGUGCCGGUCUGCUGCUUGUGUGUACUGGUGGGAACGCACAAGAACCAUAAGGCACCACAGCUACAUGAAGCUUGUGAUGAUUUCAAGACUAUGCUGGAGAGUUCUAUGAAUCAGCUUCUGAAGAGGAAAAAUGAUGCUGAAAAUACAAUCAAGGAGUUGGAGUCCCUCUAUAGACAAACAGUGGUAGGACUUCACAUAUGGCAGUACACAUUGUUUAUAUAUAUCUUUAAAUCUCCUCAUUCCCAGAAGUCAGCUGCAGACCUGCGGGAGUGUAUAUCAGACAAGUACAGCCGUCUGCACGUGGUUUUGGAUGGUGAUGAGCGUUUGAUGAAGCAGAUUGUGGAUGCAGAGGAGGCCUGUGUGACCGAGUGGUUGGACGUUCAGAGGGAGAUGAUGGAGCUGGAGAUACAGGACAUAGACCGAGUCAGAGCUUCAACCAAAGCACUACUGCAUGAGGACAACCACCUCAGGUUCCUCCAGCAAAUUACCUCUCAAAAUCUGUGUGACCCCCUGGACCUCCCCCCUCUCCAGACUGUGGACCAGUCUUUGUGUGAGCCCGAGAAGCUGAGGACAGUGGAGCGAAUGGUGGAUGACCUCUCUGUGUCACUGUCCCAAUACUUUCCAAGAACGUGGUCGUAUCUAAGUUCCCCAGCUUUGGACUUUAAAACCGCCCAUCCCAAACUAGAAAUAUCUCAGGACAAAAGGCAAGUUUGUUGGAGAGAGCAACCCACAAGUGUCAUUAUAAAUAGUAGUAGGCCUUAUGAUUCUCAGUAUAGUGUUUUGGCUGAAGAAAGUUUUACUAAAGGACGGCAUUAUUGGGAAGUCAUUGUACAAGAUAAACCUUAUUGGCUGAUUGGGGUUACAACUGAGCUCACGCCAAAAAAUAAUGGAUUUACAACUAAUUAUAAUAUUGGUUUGGACAAGUCAUCCUGGUGCAUCUAUCACGCCAAUGGUCAAUAUUUAGCCUGCCAUGACACAGAAGAGAAGCCCCUGUCUGUGGAGAAGAGGGUGAAAAAGUUGGGCAUUUUUGCAAAUCUCCACAGUGGGGAGCUCUUGUUCUACGACGCAGACACAAUGUCCUUGAUUCACUCAUUCACAGUGCUGUGCAAAGAGCCCAUGUAUCCCAUGUUUAACCCGUGCAUAGACGUGAAUGGGGUCAACAAGCAACCGCUGACACUGUUCUGGAUCAAAGAGCCAUGGGACUGGUAUGAAAACACAGAGGAGAAUAUAGAAAAUGACAUUAACAAAGAAAUUAUUGAAUGA